CAGCAUGCUUUGCAGUUGAUGCGGAGGAAAAUGAAAUCGGCCAUGUCGUGGUAGUUAGCAGUAACUUUCUUUGAGGGAACUGCGCCGACAAGAGUGAGGAGGUUAUAUCGAGUGUGCUCGAGAAGAGGACACACGGAGGGAGUUUGUGCACCCACACGAGGUGUUUUGAUACAGAAAUUAACGUGAAGGAAGAGCUGAAAGGCGAUAAGGAGGACGCCAUGAGCGGCGGGACGCCUUACAUCGGCAGCAAAAUCAGCCUGAUCUCCAAGGCCCAGAUCCGCUAUGAGGGAAUCUUAUACACCAUCGACACCGAAAACUCCACCGUCGCGCUCGCCAAAGUGAAAUCUUUCGGCACUGAAGACCGUCCUACAGACAGACCAGUGGCUCCCCGGGACGAUGUCUUUGAAUACAUUAUCUUUAGAGGAAGUGACAUCAAAGAUCUGACCGUUUGUGAACCACCGAAGCCCAACUGCUCCCUGCCUCAAGACCCGGCCAUCGUACAGUCAUCUCUAGUCUCCACUCCGGCGCCGUCCUUCCAGCCUGUGGGUUCUUACGCGUCCUUCAGCCGACCCCCUGUGCGCGCCUACAGCCAGUUCUCUGCUCCCCUGGUGCCCCAGCCCAUCGGCGCUCCUGUCACUGCAGGAAGUUCAGGGUCCGCGUUCGGUAGCGAGACAAACGUAGCCGCCCCUCUGUCCCAGAGCGCUCUCCCCUCUGACCCUGUCUCUCUGAGCUCACGUGUAACUGAAGGCCGCACGAGCCCGUCUCUCGAUGCCCUGCGGAAGAGCCCGAGCCUGGAACCUGCGGUGCAGCCGGCUCCUCUAGCGCCUCCUGCUGCAUCUGUGAGUCAGAAGAGUCCUGGAGGGGGCAGACCUCCUCCCAGCUCCCAGAAACAGCCUUCUGACAGCCAGGAGCAAAGCAGGGCUGCUGAAGUAGAGAAGAAUGCUCGCCCAGAAACGGACUUGAGCAAGGUGGAGAACCGGGAAGCCAGCAAACGCCCACAAGGCACAGGUGCCCCCGCACUGCGAAGAGGAAGAGGAGGAAGUGGUGGCGGUGGAGGAAGUGGUGGUGGUGGUGGUGGAAGUCAGCGCGGCCGCGGCCGGUUUAACAUGCGCAGAGACGGACCAAUGAAGUUUGAGAAGGACUUUGACUUUGAGAGUGCCAACGCCCAGUUCAACAAGGAGGAGAUCGACCGCGAGUUCCAGAGCAAGCUUAAAAUCAAAGAUGAGAAGGCGGUGAACGGGGAAGACAAGGGCGACUCGGGUGUGGAGACGCAAAACAGCGAGGGCAACGUGGACGAGGACGACCCACUGGGACCCAACUGCUACUACGACAAGUCCAAGUCCUUCUUCGACAACAUCUCCUGUGACGACUCCAGAAAAGAUAAACCUGGAGGUGGCAGGGAGCGGAGGCAGACCUGGGCAGAGGAAAGGAGGAUGAACGCUGAGACGUUUGGCCUCCCGUUGCGCCGAGGGCGUGGAGGUUUCCGGGGCAGAGGGGGCCCUAUGGGAUUCCGUGGCGGUCGCGGGCGCGCAGCCGGACGCGGCUCUUUUGGACCGCCCCGCGGUGGAUCUGGAUUCAGGGGGGGGUUCCGCUCAGGACGGGGAGGACGAGGAGACUUCUCUGAAUUUGAGUACCGGAAGGACAACAAGGUGGCAGCGUAGUUCACAAGAGGAGCAACUACAGCGUCUUCUACAGGCUGGAGUUCUCCUUCCCUCCUCUCUCCUCCCCUAUAGACACUCUGUCCGUCUGUCCUGAAUCCAGUGCGGGAGGUGGACUCGCUCCUCCUUUCCGCUUCCCUUCUCCUCUUUUUUUUUUU